UAAAUCAAAUGCUGCAGGAGUCCAGUAAAACUACGGCUGCUGACGAUCAUCAAGGCGUGUCGUGAACACCGCCGUGCCCCCCUUCACAGGCCUGACGGCAGCGCUGGCGAGAACCGGCUGUGCAGGGUCGUCGCAGGCAAGUGUAGACCGACACCGAGGCGCCGUAUGUCGGUGUGAGGACCAUGUCUAAACUGGAGCGUCUGAACGCCCGGGUGGCCAAGCUGCUGUCCGCGGCGGUGCAGGAGGUGCUGGAGGCGGUGAAGGAGACGGUGUCGGAGUACCAGGAGAAAACCGCCCGGACCCAGAGGGAAAACGUGAGUCUGAAGAGGAGGCUGCUGGAGCUCCAGGACAAGAUAACGAGGAAUAACGAAGCUCGUUAUUGUGUAGAGGUUGUGCCAGACCCAGUGGACUGCACGGUGUCUCAGAAGGCCAAGGGGAGACCACAUCCCGUCACAGAAGGACAGCAAGGAGCGGUGAAAGAGGAAACCGGCAUGUUUUCAUCCAAGAAUGAAACCGCUUUAUUUCUCCCUCCGGACUCCCCCAGAGAACUUCUCUGCGAAGGAUCCCUCAAUGUUCAGCCAUUCACCAACCCUUGUCUUAGCCCAGGAAGGGCAAGUCUGCCCAAAUCAGACUGGGGUCUGUUUGACAGACCCAGAGUCUCUCAAUCGGAGACCCCCGAUCCGGCACUUGCACCUAUCUCGAAUCACGUGAACUCUGUCGUUCUUAUUUUGAACACCAUGUCUGGGAGCGGCCCCGUUUCUCCUCCACUCAUUGCGUCGGAGGAGAUCAAAAAGGAGCCCGAAUGGGGCGAGGAUUUCACACGGACAACGCCGUGUUAUGAUGCCACUGUGACAAGCAGGAUGUUGGAACCUCCCCGGUCCCGUCCGGACCCCUGCUGUGGCUCGGGGGUCUGGUUUGGUCUGAACCAGAACGGCGCGGCAGAGCUAGCGGCAGUUAAAAAUGCCGCCUCUUUCCGGUCUGACGCAAACAACGCACACUGUUUUGGAGCCGGAAGACGCGACAGUUCACUCCCAAAUGAGAACGCCCUGGGCGGGAGCAGCCUGAGAGGCGCCCAGCGGCAAGUGGGCAGGGGGAAAGGCUACUGCUGCUCCCACUGCGGCCGGGUUUUCAGACACGCGGGGGACUUCAAAAAGCACCACAGGGUUCACACGGGAGAGAAGCCGUACUGCUGCUCUGUGUGCGGCAAACGGUUCAGUCAGUCGGGCUACCUGACGAUCCACCUCCGCUACCACACCGGAGAGAGGCCGUAUGGCUGCGCUCAGUGCGGAAAACGUUUUAGCCACUCGAGUAACUUGAAGAAGCACCAGCUCACUCAUCUGUGAUGGCGGCGUUGUGAGGAAGGAGGGCACGUCACUCAUCUGUGAUGGCGGCGUUGUGAGGAAGGAGGACACGUCACUCAUCUGUGAUGGCGGC